AUGCAUGCCUCAACACCAAUUUGUAACGAACGCGUCAUUGAACAUCAACCACAAUCACCUUGUAAAUCUCGUCAUUUUACGGCCAUAGAAGGGAUUCCGUCAACUUAUAUCCUCGAGAAACUUCAUCAAUUAGGUCCAAGAUAUUUUGGUGAUAAAUCAACAGCAUUCGUUGAACUUUAUGUCGAAGGAAUUGAGAAACCAUUUUGGAUCCAUGAAGAAUAUCUCGUCCUUCAGUCUGUUUUCUUUCAAGAAUCCCUUCAAAACGUUACUUCCGGGGAUGUGAUUACUAUCAACGUACCUUCUCCUGAUACCUUUGAACCCAUUCUACGAUACUUAUAUGACGGUGACGCUGAUAAGUGGUAUGAUACAUUUACUUUGGAAAAUUACUAUGAUGUCUGGCAAAAUAUUGAAUUUCUCGGGUUGGGAAUUGAAGCUCAAGCUAUUUGUCUCGCCUAUUAUCAAAAGGAGGUUGAGAAACUUUUAGAUGAGGAAAUGGUUGAAGACGAUAUGGAAGAUUAUAUUCGUUAA